AUGAUGAAACUGUCUGAUCUGGAGAAUUGGGGAGUGCAAUUCAUGACCAAUAGGUAAGCAAGUGCCGGUUCUUUCUGUCUAACCGUCGGCUGUAAAGAGUGAAUUUAGAAAAUCUGGCAACCACAUGGGACUUUGCCAGAUCUUCGAAUAUGGACUCACUGAUGGAGACUUGCAUCAAUCUGAUGCAAGCGCAGUUUACGAAUUUCGUCUCUACUGACCUCUUUAUUCGUCUGCCAGCUGACACCGUGCUGACGUUGUUGCGAAACGACAAUCUGUCAGUGGAUUCCGAAGAGGCAGUUUUUGAGGCGAUUUCAAGCUGGGUGGCUGCCGGCGACAAGGAGUGCGAUAAUGAGAGACUGAGAUUGCACGCCCCGGAAAUGCUAAAGGAGGUUCGUUGGUGUCAGACGACUGUCGAAUUCCGCAGUCGUCUAGUCGAUAGUCAUCCGAUUUUCCAGGAAAGCAAAAGCUGCCUGUAAGUAUAUGCUGUUCCAGUGCGUCAUUUAUUUUCUAAUGAAAGUCGUUUUAUGGCUCAGGUGGAGCAGUGGAUGACCUACGCAGACAAAAACAAGCCUCCGUGUCCCUUCAACCGACGUUGGAGGCCGCCUCAGAUGAUCUUCGUAUUUGGAAAGGACAAAAAUCAGGACAGGUGGUCUGUCCUGCGUUUCGAUCCGCACCUCGAAAAGGAAGAGAGGAUUGCUGACAUGGAGGAGCGAGAAUACGCCACCUACAGUGUCGUGGGCGGUGAGUUGCCUGACAGUUACGCACCGCCUCUUCUGUGCACCUGCCUUGUUUUCCUCUUUGUCUAAUUUCACCAGUUGGUGUCUCUUUUUGCCAGAAUUAUAACAAACACACACACAGUCCUGCCAGUAAAGCUGCCAUCACUGCACAAUACAUAGGAUUGUAGUAGUAGUUGUAGUAAUUGAGGGGUUUUGAGGUCUUGGAGUUGUCCAUUCGCCUGGCCUGUCCCGACGCGUUUGCUGUUUUCCGUCUUCAUUUUACCCAACCGUGUCUCCACCUGGCUUGUUUGUGUCCGUCACGGGCGGCCACUCAACUGGGAGAUUUGUCCGCCCACGUCUUUUUGUCCGACGAUGAUAUUCCCCCUCUUUCUGUCAACUGCACGCCUUUUUUAUUUUACCUUCUUUUAUCUUUCCACUUUAUCUUUCUUCCACGCAAUUUUAUGAAACUUUUUUCUAUCCCACCUCACCCCCACGGAAGAGAGCAUUUUCGUGGUUGGAGGAAUAGGAAACUCCACGAGUGUCGAGGAGUUUCUGGUGGCAGAACGGCGCUGGCGCAAACGGGCGUCCCUCGCCGUUGCACGCAGCGGGCACGCAGCCGCAGUCCUGACGGAAGCCGGAGGGGAGGCGCUGAUCGCCGUUUUCGGUGGAUUGGGUAACGGUGGUUUCCUCUCCUCUUGUGAAGUCUAUGAAGUCGGUCGGGACAGGUGAGAGCACACUCGUCCUGGCGCCUCCUUUUUUUCUUGCAAAUUUUCCCAUUUUCCCUUCUCACUCGUCUCCUCCUCCUCCUCCCCAACACACACAGGUGGUUCAAACUGCCCGAUCUGCGAGAGAAGAGGAACCUCACGGCUGCUGCCUGCCUGCCCGGCGACAGUCGAAUCUUCGUUUUUGGUGGCUCCUCCCCGCUGGCUUCUGUGGAGUUCUGCCACCUGCGAGCAGACUGGCGAGAGAGGGCGACCUCGUCGGACUUUUGGCAGCCAGCCGCACCCAUGAGAACUGCACGAUGCGGGUUGGCAGCGGCACACUUUCGGGGGAAAAUCAUUGUCGCCGGGGGAUAUGGUGAAAAAAGAUUAAACGUGGUGGAGAUGUUCACACCACCAGAUGCCAGGUGUCCCCGGGGCCAGUGGACAGAGUUGACUGGCAUGAAGGAACCCCGCGCGUAUUUUGCUCUUCUCACCUCCACCGACGACGCCAUCUUUGCUCUCGGUAAUGACGCCUCCUCCUCCUUUGCUUUACACUGACUGCAUUCCUUCUCCACUCUCUCCUCUUUUUCAUGCCGUUUCAUGUCCUUUUCUGUGUAAUCCCUUUUUAUGAGGAAGAUUAAGACAGUCCGUAUGAUGGCAAUCAUGUGAAAAUGGGACUUUGCAUGGCGUUUCGUAAACACAACAAGGUUAGGGCCGAUGGUAGUCCUUUUGUAGUGCAAAUCGUCUGCUUAUUAAAAUAGAUUUUUGCGAGAAUUAUGCAGCCGAAUGGUUAAAGCGUCUUCAUUAGAUACUGCGUUCAAAGCUUAUUUUGUCUACUCUGCGUUUUAUUAAAAUAAAUUUUUUGUCUAGCGGUAUUGUGCAAAUCGUAUGCUAAUUUUGUCUAUUUUGAUAUUUAUGAAAGUAGAAUUUCACUGGAAUUAUUCACAAUUUUCAGGCUCAGGAAACACGGUGGAGACUUUCACAGCACCAGGCGGGCCAGCUGAUGUCAGCAACGACUUGACAACUUGGAGCUGGUCGUCGAAGAAACCGCUGGAGACGCUUGAAAGGAUCGCUGGAGCUGCAAGCAUUCGCAUGUAAACUUCUGCGUUUCUUGAUGCUCCUUCUAUGACCCACAUGUUAAGAAAUAAACGACUUACAAUGAAACCUGUUUUGUCGUUUUUUUGAAAACGUCAAAAAGGUGUGCAGUGCCUAACACCUAAGGCAACCGAUUAAUGGCGUGUUUAUCUCUGAAGGGAAUGAAAUGCAUGAACCAGUUAUUUUUUACGAGGGAGAUGCUCGUUUUCGGGAUUAAUGCUUGAUUAUGGAGAGAAAUCAUUGUCGCCAGCGGGUAUGAUACUGGAGACGAAUUAGAUUUAGUGGUGGGGAUGUUCUCACUGCCAGGUGUCCCUAGCGGGUUUAAUAAACAUGGCCUCCAAUUUUUUUGUUAAAAAAAAAACACCAAAAGGGUGUAAAGUGUCCAACACUUGGGGUGACAAAUAAUCUCUAGCAUAUCUCUGCGAGGAAUGAGAGAUGUGGUCGAGGUUAGUUUAGCAAAGAGAUGCCAACUUGCUGACGAAGUGAGUAACACUAGUAAGAUCGCAGAUCGGGCAGCUUGUGUGUUAAUAUGAAUGGCACACGUACUACUUACUGAGGCGACAGGAACAGUUAGAGAGUGGACGGCGGACCUGGCACUAUGAAUUAGGACAGAUGUCAACAAGUCCUUAUAGAGUCCCACUCCUAAAAGCCAAUGUAGCCCACCCCCACGAAAUGCGAUAGACUGGUGUGUGAGUUGCUAUCGGACGUCUCUAUCAAGGGGAUUCGGCAUAAGUGAUUGUGGCCUGAUAUGUCAUGAAACGUUACAUUCCUUAGUAUUCGGUCGACGGAAGAUGUCGGAUGCAUGUACGCUGUCUGUCUCCGUAGCAUAAAUUGAUCCUUUUCUUCAUCUAAAAAAGAUUAAAAGGUUGGACUGUCUCGGGAUUUAUGCUUAGCAAAGAUUUCACCAAGCACGACGAGCUCACAUGAAUGAUGUCAAGGGUAUUUAACAUAACGCAUGUUCAAAUAUAACCCAGGUUAGUGAUUUGGAUGUAACCAGAGAUACGAUUAACUGAAUCGGCACUAACUACGUGGGAAGCCCUGCUUCUUGUUGCGUACCAGGUGGACUGUCAGUUAUCAGGGGUGCAUCUCGAGUUGGUGGCCCCUGGACAGUGAGGCGGCCUGCGAGCCUGCCGAGAGAAAAUCGAUCGCGCUCGAUGGAUGACGCAGCUGGCAGAUUUCGCCAGAUGGCCGAAUGCUGAAUGCGAGUAGAUGCGCCCCUAGAUGACCUUGGCAGCAGGUAGUCAGUGGCGUGAUGCGCAAUUGUUGCGUGUGUACGUCACUGGACAAUGGCAGUGUCCCUAAAACCGCUCACGCAGCAGAUGCGCUAGAAAAACACGCCGGCUAGACCGGGGUUUGUCUGGCGUUAAUUGGAAACGUGCACUCAGGAAAUGUCAACAUUUUGUCCGACUUUCCGACAUACGUGGAGGUUUUCCUUGCUAGGUAUCCACAUUUCCAUCAAAAAUGUCAGUUACGGAUGUCAGAAAUGCCAGACUCGGUUAUAAAAACAAAAGGCUGUGUUAUUACUUAAAACAUAGGAAGAUCGCCAUCAGUCACACUUUGGACAUAUCUACUCAACAGAUCAUCAGACGAAGUGCGAAUAUUUGCAGGAGUGCAGACGUUAUCUUUAAGAAUAUGCGUGUGAUAGUAUAGGAAUUUCAGCCCAUGCAUAUUUCACCCUCUGUUUCUUCACAACUUCAAUUUGUUGCUGUCUUUGUUCGAAAAUGAACUUGAAACUUCAAGUGAACAUUACUUUCGUUUUAGUGAUCGAGUGAUUUUCCUUACAGCAAAAUAACACUGUUAAGGAAGCUCCAGUUCUGAAAAUGAUGUGGGUUCGGUCUCCGAAGUUGCUGUCAGCAGACUUUUUACAUUCAAAGUGAAACAAAUGCCGUGGGAUUGCGAUUAACAUCGAAGCAGCCAGUCCCAAGUCAAAUUAGUGCGGAUUCGAAAAUCUACAGGAGUGUUUCACCGAACGUAGGUGCAAGAUGUCCAGUCAAUUGCAAAUUCACUGAAAGAUCACAUGCAAUGCGAAUCCCUAAGCUAUGUAAUGGUUUCAUUUUUUCAACUGUCCGUGUUGAUGUAUUCGCAUAAAUUAGAUAUGCAUAAUCCAGGACAGUAAACCAAGUGGGAUUUUAGAAUUAAUUCGACGCGCUCCGUAAGGAGUGGAUUUACCUACGUUAAAAUUCGUCGUAGCGGAAUGUGCAUUAAAUAAACAAACUGUUUUUAUUAACAUCCUACACUGUUUUAAUAUAGACACAGUCUGAGCGUCUGUCUGGCACUAAUUGGAAAGGGGCAAUCAGCAAAUUUCAACAUUAUGUCGACUUCAGCCUGCCAGGAAAACCUCAUUUCUAACAAAAAUUCCCGUUUCCAAAGUCAUAGAAUCGCCAAAGUCAGUUUUUAGAACCAAGGAUGAUGUUAGUAUUUAAAAAACGGCUAAUUCGUGAACAGUCACAAUUUAAACAUAUGUACUCGGGAAAUCGUCAAACGACUAAGGAAAAGCUGAAGUGAAUGCGGUCGUUAUCAUUAUAAGCAUGCAGAUGAUAGCAUAGGAAUUGCAGUUUAUAAAAUUUUCACCCUCUGUACGUCCCCAACUUCAGUCUGUUGCCUUCCUUAAUCGAAAAGGGAUCGGGAAACUCAUGUGAACAUUAUUCUCGCUCCAGCGAUCGAGUGAAUAUCCUCACAUCAAAAUGACACCGUUAAGAAUGCUCUACUUCUGAAAAAUAAUUGGUUUCAUUCUCCGAAGUUGCUACUAAGCCUAACUGGUGGUAUUCGAACCCACGACAGCAAAGAGAGGCUUUAGUACGGCCAACGCUCUAGCCACCUAUGAUACGAGGCCCCACCGGACGACGCGAGUUUAAUCAUAUCUUAAUCAAGUUUACUCGUGUGAUCUACUGCAAAGUCUGGUAUCCACCAAAUCUGAUAAAGUAAGCUGACAUUCUAAGCAGGAUUUUCUAAUUUAUACAUAUAGAAUCCACCAGAUAGCUAAGGGUUUCACGAAAUUCAUAGCUAUUAUGGAAGAUACGAUUAAUGUAGCGUCGUCCGGUGGAGCCUUUUAGGUCAGUGGGCUAGAGCGUUGGCUGUACUAAGGCUACCUAAAGCUGAAGUGGGUUCAUGCACCACAGAGGCGCCGAGUAUUUCAUAUGCGUAUCAAAAUGACUCGUUUGUGUACUUGAGUUUAAUACGGCAAUAUCGACAACAGUCGGUCAAGCUGCAAUAGGCUCGUAUUGCCAGUCAAAAUAAGGAGAUAUGGAUUACUUGACAUGGCAAAACGCCUGCUGUCGUGGGUUUCAGUCACACCGUGGCACCGAGGAUAUACAGUUCGAUCGAGGUGGAUAACUGAGACUUUAGGAAAUAUAUUCUGUAAACUGAAGGGGAUAUCUGUUUUGGCGGAUAGUCAGUUCAAGACUACACAGUGGUAAUACCGUCAGGUGUGGCACAACACUGACGAGUUAGGUAAAAAACCCCGCAAGCUGGUUGCAAACCUGCAGCUCUGUAUUACGUAUUACAAAUGCUGCAUCCAUUGCAUUAGGGUUCCUGUCAUCAAUAUUCACAAACCAAGUGACAGAUGCGAGCAGAUCACGCCACUCUAGGUGCAACGAUUUGUACUUAAAUCUGCUGAUCCAAUGCGGAGGGAGGGAGGGAGAUGGCUGGGUGGGGUUUCGUACGUGCAGAUAGCAGGCGCGCUCGUGUUGCGUGUUAGCAGGGUAAGGCAUCAAAUCCUGUGACUAGAGGAUGACACAAUCUCUACUCGACCUUCCUUUCAGUCUCACAGCGACUGUCGCGCUGAAUUACGCUAGUCCUCCGCAUUAGCUAAAUGUAGCCACAGGUGAUCCAGAUGGUUGUGUGGAAUCGCUGUCUUUCAACUGCUGUUUGUUACAUUAAGUCUGCUGUAGAGCGUGCUGUCGAUCAGAGUUAGGCAAACAUCGGGCAAAACGCACUGCUAGAAAACUUCACAAACUUCUAUGAAGUACAGGCCUCUGGUUUAAACUUGUGAAGCAUAAAGGCUCCUGCAUCCGACGAAAUCGCCGACAGACUGGCAGGGUGAGUCCGCUCACUCUGGCAGCCUGGAAUGUUCAUUACCUUUUAGACAAUCCAAGGAGCAACCGACCGGAGCGGAGGACGGCGCUAGUGGCACGAGAACUGGCGCGCUACAAGGUGGACAUCGCCGCACUCAGCGAGACCCGAUUCUCCGAACAAGGCCAACUGGAGGUUGUGAGGGCCGGUUACACCUUCUUCUGGAGUGGUCGACCCAGGGCAGAGCGACGAGACGCGGGUGUCGUCCUCGCCAUCCGGAACGACAUCGUGGGACGACUGCCCAGUCUGCCGCAGGAAAUCAACGAUCGCCUGAUGAGCCUCCGUCUGCCUCUCAGGCAGGCGUGGGGGCGAAUUCGCCACCAUCGUCAGCGCCUACGCUCCGCCGAUGAGCUGCCCCGUCGCCGCCGUUAGGGACAAAUUCUACGAGGACCUGCACGCCCUCUUGGCGACUGUGUCGAAGACGGACAAGCUGAUUGUCUUUGGCGACUUCAACACCCGCGUCGGCACAGACCAUACUGCCUGGAGAGGAGUGCUGGGUCCCCACGGUCUCCGCGGCUCCAACGACAAUGGUCCACUAUUGCUCCGCACCUGCGCAGAACACUGCCUCAUCCUGACGAAGACCUUUUUCGGUCUGUCGGAGCGAGAGAAGGCCACCUGGGGGCAUCCUCGGUCGCGUCAGUGGCACCUGCUGGACUACGUCCUCGUCUGGAGGCGAGAUGGCGAUCGCGGGUGCUGACGGGUGGACCGACAAUCGCCUCGUCAUCUCGAAAAUGCGUAUUCGUUUACAGCCUCGCAGGAGACCACAAGGUAAGCGACCCCCAGGUAAGCUGAAUGUUGCCUUGUUGACUUUGCCCGCUCACAAUCUUCAUUUCAGCAAUGAGCAAGCUCAACGGCUAGACAAAAUUCCCAUCGGCGAUGCAGCCGACGACGAGGCCACCAUUGCAGAGAACGCCUCCGUGGAUAACCGCUCGUGUCAACUACGAAACACGGUCCAGGCGACGACGCUCGCCGUCCUCGGUCUCGCCCCCCGUCAACGCCAGGACUGGUUCGACGACAACGACGCCGCCAUCAGAAAUCUGCUUGCUGAGAAAAACCGCCUACAAAAGCCUACGUAGGCCACCCCACUUAUGACAACAAAGCUGCUUUCUCCCGCAGACGCCGCCAGCUUCAGCAACGACGGUGCGAGAUGCAGGACGCCUGGACUGGUCGCAAAGCUGAUGAGAUUCAAGGCUACGGGGACCGCAACGAAUGGAAGAACUUCUUCUCCGCGAUCAAAGGUGUCUACGGUCCGCCGACGAUGGGCACUGCUCCUCUCCUCAGCGCCGACGGCAGCACUCUCCUGACUGAAUAG